AACAUGAACAGGAUCUGGACCUUGGCCGUGUUCAUUGCACUUUCUCAUGCAGCACAGAGUUCUUCCAAGUCCAGAGGUGCUGCAUGCUGGUGCACCCACUCCGUUGGCUGUCACUGUUUUUGCCGACUUCCCUGGAAAAGUGACGGCUGAAGUGACACAUGGCAACACCAAAGUCGCCCACACAGAGGCCAUCCAAGGAGGUUUAACUAGUGUCCUUACACUUCCUCCUAUUUCUGGCUCUUUAUCGCACAAUUCCCUUUUAAACUUGACAGUAAAGGGCUACAAGGGGGACAGUCUUAUUUUUACCAACACUACCAUCCUCACCUUCAGCACCAGGAAUGUCACCGUCUUUAUUCAAACGGACAGAUCACGCUACAAACCGGGGGACGGUGUCAAAAUAAGAGUUGUGUCUGUCCAUCUGGACAACCAUCCAUAUCGAGGCAGAGUGGAGAUUUCUGUGCAGGAUCCCAGUGGGGGUGUUGUUGAAAUGUGGGAGUCCACAGGGAAUCUGGGGAUUGUCUAUCAAGAAUUCAGCUUAUCGCCGAUGUCUCCUCUUGGAGAGUGGAAGAUCACAACAACUGUGAAUGGCUUGACUGAUGAGAAAACAGUCACUGUGGAGGAUCAUGAGCUCCCUCCUUUUGAAAUGCUGGUGAAGACGUCUUACUGGGUCCUGGUUGGAAAUGAUAUCUGGGGAUCAGUGAGAGCACUUUACUCCAGUGGUCAACCUGUACGUGGAUCAUUAGUCGUUAAUGUCACUUUGGAAGCUGCUGCAAACGAUGUAGCAUCUCCUUUCCAGCUAACACAAACUAAAGAGAUCUACGGGUCAGCUCAGUUUUUCUUCAGUACAGAUCAGCUUCAGCCUCUACACUCUUCCUCAGCUAUAAACACCACUGGUCCCAUUGUAGUACACAUUUCUGCCUGUGUUAACGACAGCUCCACAGGGUUGAAAGUGAACAAAAGAGCUGAAGUCCACUUUAUGCAAAACACAUACCAGCUCGUGUUCAUUGAUUUUCCACCAUCACUAAAGCCAUCCUUACACUUCUCUGCAACACUGAGGAUAACAAGAUAUGACAGAAAGCCUCUCAGCUCGUCGGACCUAACGCACCCUGUCGUGGUGAAAGUCACUCAGAGAGCCGCUUUGAUGAACAUGGGACCUACAACUCUCACACUUCCUGUGCCUGAGGAUGGGAACAUCCACAUAAAGUUUAAGUUACAAAAUCAAGUAGAAAUGGUUUUUAUCCAGGCCAGAUUCCAGUCCAGUGAGGAGACUCUGAGGGUCCACACCAACUACUCCUCUCCUAGUGGGUCCUAUAUUCAGAUUUCCCCACCCAACACAUUAUCUGCACAGAUUGGAUCCCCCCUUCAACUUAAUGUGGAGAGCACCUUUAAACCAGUAAAAUUUCACUUUGUGGUAAGCUCUAAAGGUCAGGUGGUGGCUGCUGGAACAAAAAACUCCUCCUCUUUCUCCCUGACCCCAGCACUGUCCUGGUCCCCCGAGGCCUGUGUCCAUGUUUACUGCCUCUUAUCUAACGGAGAGGUUAUCAGUGAUACAGCACACGUAUCUAUCCAUCAACACAACAAUGUCACUCUUGACUGGAGCAGUGAGAAGGCCCAGCCGGAUGAGCAGGUAUCACUCACUGUGGCUGCCCAUGAAUCUGGGUUCCAAGUAGGAAUUGUGGUAAUUGGGAUGCAUAAUGACGCCCUGCAGUAUGAUCCGGACUUCAAAGAGCGGGAAUGUAACCUUAAGAUGCUGACCAAUGCUGGAUUGUAUCAGAAAAAGCAGUCAGAUGGAUCUAAAAAUGGUAAAGAUUAUCUAAUAGUGGAGAAGUACUGGAGCCACUGGGUGGAAAACUCUGAGUCCCUACUGUGGUUAGACUCCAGUGUUAGUGAUAAUGUGUGGACCAGUGAGAAAAUAACAGUACCUGAUGGUGUAUCUUUUUUGGGAGCUUUCGCACUGGUGAUGUCAAAAAAUCUGGGCUUGAGCUUCACUCCUGUGCCGCGAAUGUUGACCGUAUCCAAAGAUUUCUCCUUGUCUCUCGCCGUCCCUUCACACCUCAUCCGAGGAGAGGAAAUUGUGCUGGAAGUAAACAUCAUUAACCAUCUAGAGCAGAGCAUCGAGGUCAUUGUGUUGCUAGCACAGAGUGAAGCCUUCGAGUUUGUUUUGACAGAGCGAAAGGACGUGUCUGUUAUAAAUGCCCAGAAACUCACAGUAGGGAGUCAUGUGUCUGCCUCAGCCCUAUUUCCUAUAAGGCCUUUGGCUCUGGGUGAGAUGGAAAUAUCUGUGGAUGCCGUAUCUGCAGAGACAUCAGACAUCCUUGUACGGAAAGUAAUGGUGAAGCCUGAAGGAGUUGAAAAGUCCUUCUCACAGACUCUGUUUCUGGAGCUGACACCAGAGAUGGACAGCAGCUCCACGUCUGUCUCCUUCUCCUUUCCACCUCAUGUGGUACCAGGCAGCCAGAAGGCCUAUAUGGCAUUGGGUGGUGAUAUCUUGGCUUUGUCUAUUAACAACUUGGAGUCAUUGAUUCAACUCCCUACUGGAUGUGGGGAACAGAAUAUGUUCCACUUUGCUGCAAGUGUGUAUGUUCUCCAGUAUUUAGUCAAGUCAACCCAGGAUGACAGCGAGAUUAGUAGCAAAGCUUUGGAAUACAUCAAGAAAGGAUACCAGAAACAACUGUCCUACCAACGGAAUGAUGGUUCCUUCAGUGCUUUUGGAGCAAAAGAUACCUCUGGUAGCACAUGGCUGACUUCCUUUGUGCUGCGCUGCUUCAUCCAGGCUCAGCCCUACAUACAGGUAAACCAGGGGGUGUUGACCAGGGCCAUGACUUGGCUCCUGAAACACCAGGGGCCCCAGGGGGAGUUCACUGAAGUUGGCAAGCUCAUCCAUACAGAGAUGCAGGGGGAGCUGGAUGAUGGCCCAGUGGCUCUCACGGCUUACGUGCUACUAGCAUUUCUAGAGAACGAGACCUAUGCAGGCAUGUAUGCAGACAAUGUGUCUCUGGCUCUGAGGUACCUGGAGAGCAAAGUGUCCAGCAGUGUGGUCAGUAACUACAGCCUGUGUCUGGUGGCUUAUACUCUCGCUCUGGGAAACCGUCCUGCUGCUGAGAGAGUCAUUACUGAGCUCAUCCGGAGAGCUGACUACAGAGAUGGCAUCAUGAUGUGGGCAUCCUCUGCUGGCCUGAGGUCACAUGACUGGCAGCCGCGCUCAGCACAGAUAGAGAUGGCUUCUUAUGUGCUGAUGGCUCUAUUUAUGCGUGGCAACUUUAUUGAAGGCAUUACACUAAUGAAGUGGUUAAGUACACAGAGAAACCAUUUAGGGGGCUUCGGGACGACUCAGGACACGGUCGUUGCCCUUCAGGCUCUGGCUUAUUAUUCUGCAUUCAGUGGUGCCAACGCCAUCGACCUCAGAUUUAAUAUAUCCUCACCUACAUCUUCAUUUGUGUUUCAAAUCAACUCCACCAACUAUCGGCUGCGUCAGAGCCAAGAGAUUAUUGCUGAUGAAGAUUUACUUCUAAACAUAUACUUGGAAGGAAGAGGAUUUGCCUUAUUUCAGAUGAAUGUUUUCUACAAUGUGGAGAGUGAAGCUGCAGACAAAGAAGCGUUCUCAUUAAAAGCUAAUCUGACAGAUGACAGUAAUAGCAAUCACAUGAUGUUAUCCAUAUGUACGAGACUAAAGGACAAUCAGGCAAUAUCUCAAACAGGUAUGGCUAUAAUGGAGGUGGGCAUGUUGAGUGGUUUCUCUCUCUUCCCCGAAGCUGCUCUCCCAGCAGGUCUCAUCAUGAUGAUGAAAAAAGCACCAGAAAAAAUCAUCUUGUACCUGGAUUCAAUCAACAAAUCUGAGGUUUGCAUCCAACUUCCUAUUGUCAGAAAUUACAAAGUGGCUCAUGUAAAGGACGCCAUGGUCCAGGUUCAUGACUACUACGAACCUACAAGAAGAGCAAGAAGCACAUACAACUCAGACAUUCUUCAGAACAUUGAUUCCUGCUUCUUCUGUGGUGAAAACUGUGAUAUCUGUAGGCCGGGAAUCACCAUCACAACCAACUCCUUCCUGCCAUCUCGCUCAGUUAGUGGAGCUACAUUCAGCUUAAGUUGCCUGUGUCUUGGAGUCACUGCUUUUUUUGUUUUAUUCUGAUUAGAUGAAAACUUAUGAUUCACA